GAAGCGACUCUCUGUUACGAUUUACCAGCCACUGCCACCUCCGCCGGCCAGCAGCAUGCCCCGACGCCUCCCAGGACCCCAAUCCUCAGCCGGCCAGCAGCAGGCGCCGCCAUCUCCACAGGGCUCCUCUUUCCUCCCCGGGCACGACAAGAAGGCCCCACUCGCCGGCCUCUUGUAGCUAUCAAUCUGCUUUUGCUAAAGAGGAAAAAAGCUACCAAGAUGCUCACUCUCCUUUAUUCCCCUGCAUCAACCACUGCCGUCGACUAGCAGCAUUCUUCUCGCCCCCGGCCGUUUCCAGGAAAAACAACAGCAUGGAUUAUGCAAGUUCAGAGACAACAGUUAUGCCGCUAGAUUUAUUACGAGAAAUUACUAAUGAUUUCUCCGAGGAGCGUAGGAUUGGUAGCGGUUCCUAUGGAAAGGUUUACCUGGGAGUGCAUCAACAUGGCAAAAGGAUUGCUGUGAAGAUACUCUAUGACAUGCCAGGAAUUGAUGAUGAGCAGUUUCAGAAUGAGUUUAACAAUCUUACAAGGCUCAGACACCAAAAUAUUGUGCGAUUAGUUGGCUAUUGCCACAAUAUUCAGGAAAUACAAGUAGAAUACAAAGGUAAAUUGGUUCUUGCUGAAAAGACACAUAGAGCGCUCUGCUUGGAGUAUAUGUCUAAUGGAAGCCUUGACAAGUAUCUUUCUGAUGAGUGUGAUAGAUAUGAUUGGCAGACAGGCUAUGGAAUAAUUAAGGGGAUUUGCCAGGGUUUGAAAUACCUCCACAAUGAAUUAAAACCUCCUAUUUAUCAUUUGGAUUUAAAACCAGCCAAUGUAUUACUGGAUGAGAACAUGGUUCCCAGAAUCGCAGAUUUUGGGAUGUCAAGGCUCUUCAGAGAUGAAAAAACACGAGCUACAAAUAGUUCUUUAGGAACAAUUGGGUAUUUACCGCCGGAAUACAUUUGCAAUAAUUUAAUCUCAAAUAAGUUCGACAUAUUCAGCUUGGGUGUUGUAAUCAUAAAGAUAAUGGCAGGACGUGCGGGCUACUUCAAUAGCGCUAACAUGUCUUCCCAGGAAUUCAGUAAUGUUGUGCAGUUAAUCUGGACAAAUAGGCUACUUGAAACAUCAAACCUGAGGAAGGCAUAUUCCGAACAAGUAAAGAUAUGCAUCGAAAUAGGUUUAAGUUGUGUGCAGGAGGACCGACACAAAAGGCCAACUAUACAGGAUAUUGUUGAUAAACUGAAUGCCACGGAAACAGAGUGUACUUAUGCAUCAAGAAAUGACCUGUCGUUGAUGUGCCAGAUUAUAAAGGACGAUGAUCUUGAAGAGCUCCGAGAACUCAGUUCUAUUGAUUAUAGAAUUGUAUAUCACGGUAAAUGGAGAGGCUCUGAUGUUGCAAUAAAAAGAACCAAUCGGCGAUGUUCUUCCGACAGACUCCGGAAUGAGUUUUGGAACGAAGUAUCUAACCAUGCAGGUCUACACCAUCCCAAUGUUGUGGCCUUUUAUGGUAUUGUUCUAGAUGGACAUGGGGGAUCCAUUGCCACAGUUACAGAAUACAUGGUUAAUGGCUCACUUAGGACGGCUUUGUGGAAGAAUUCCAAGAGCCUUGGCCGACACAAGAGAUUAAUUAUAGCCAUGGAUGCAGCUUUUGGAAUGGAGUACUUGCAUCACAAAAACAUAGUGCACUUUGACCUCAAAAGUGACAAUUUACAUGUUAAUUUAACGGAUCCACGACGCCCAAUAUGCAAGGAAAUCGUUGGAUAUGUCUGUACAUCCUUUUAUCUCAAGUCGAUGCCAUGGAUCGCGUUCCAGAAAAUUGGUGGCUAGAUAAGAGAUGCCAUGGAGCCUGAGCUCCACAACAACUUCCCGCUAGUACGCGGCGUCCCCAUGCACUCCCUUAAUCGACAUCCAUUCCUCCUGUUCUUCCAUGGAUGACAUCCAUGCUUUCAAGAAGGGAAUCUCGGCGGAGCUGAUGGGCUAGGGUAGCCUUGUAAAAUAAACAGUAAGCGUUCUACCCUCGUGAGAGGGCCGCAUGUGUAUUUAUUGAUAUGAUGUGGCUUAUCCCAUAGGCGCAUGCAAGUUGAGAUUACAUUUCCGGAGUACAAGGGAUAGAGAGAUAAAAAACUUUAAACCAUGAGAUACUAAUCGAUCUCUACAACUAACUAGCUCUAACAGAACAUAUGCGCCCGCCUAGGAUAUGUUCAAAAUAGCCCCUUAAUUACAACUUGAUCAAGUUGACAUUACGUUUGAAUUCUUCAAAACAUCUUGUGGGCAAUGCCUUGGUGAAGCCAUCUGCAAUAUGAUCUCUUGAAUGAAUAAAAUGAAUAUCCAACUGUUUGUUGCAAACACGUUCUCUCACAAAGUGAAAAUCUAUCUCAAUAUGUUUUAUUCUGGCAUGAAAAACUGAAUUAGCAUAAAAAUAAGUAGCACCAAGAUUGUCACACCAAAGACAAGCAGCUUGUACUUGUGUUACUCCAAGUUCACUUAGCAUAGACUGAAGCCAGAUAAUUUCUGCAGUGCCAUUUGCUAGUGGCUUAUAUUCAGCCUCUGUAUUAGACCUAGAAACAUAUGCCUGUUUCUUAGCACAUAUAUUAGAUUUGGACCAAAGAAUAUGGCAAAGCUACCUGUGGACCUUCUGUCAAGAAGACUUUCAGCCCAGUCAACAUCAACAAAUUCACUGAAAAGGGUAGGCCAAUGACUGCUGCUGUAAAAUCCGUGCCCCCUUUUGUCCUGUUGUAUGGUGUGUUUGUUUUGGGUUGGGAAUUUGUGACUGCCUUUUCUUUGGGUCAGUCAAUACAUUAAUGGGCUGAGGCCCAUUAACUAUGUGACCAGGCUACCUUGAGGCCCGUUAACUGUGUGACCAGGCUAGCUCUGUCCAACCCAUCUAAAACCCAGCCCUUCACACCCUCCCUUUGUUUUUUUCUUUCUAUUUUUAUGUUUCUUUCGCUUUUUAGUAUUUUUUUCUUAUGGGUACUUUUUUAUGUUGGUUGAGUGUAAAUGUAUUCAUGCAAAUGCUAUACAAUAAGUGUGUAACUACACUAGAGCGUGAAAAUUGCAUUAUUAUAUAUGUAUUCAAUUGCAUAUUACGGAAAGUGCGAUUUUCACUAGUUGGAAAAAACCUAGUAGCGGCGUUCCGAAACGUUGUUAUCAACGCGGAGGCCCGACGCCGGUAGUAUGACACAUGUGGUAAGCUGAUACUACGGGCGUCGGUCAUGAACGCCACUUGUAUAUGUGUCAAUGUGGCGUUGGGGAUCAACACCAUUAAAAUACUAAUAAUCACUAGCGCACCCUAGUGAACAGACACCGGUAGUACUACUCACGUUUCAUUUUGCCGGGACUGACUUUGAGCUGCAGGUCCCUCUCAUCAGUAAACCACGACUGUCAGAUAAGCGUGUUACACUAAUAUAGUGAAAAUAUUAAUUAACUAAAUCUUAGUUAAUAAUCUUAGUUAAUAAUAAACUAGUUGGCAUCCAUAUAUUACAAAGAUUUGAACAGUACUAUUCAAAUCA